AUGAAGUCUUUCUUCACUGCCCUUACUUUCGUUACGGCGGCGCUGGCCGCCAGCCGCACCUCCGCCCCCUCCGGCUGUAUAACCGUCAAGAAGUCGCCCGGCAGCGGCGAGUUCGGCACCAUUCAGAAGGCCGUGGACUCCCUAUCGACCUCGGCCUCGGGCAAGCAGUGCAUCUUCAUCGACCAGGGCACCUACAGCGAACAGGUUCUUGUCCCGGCCCGAACGGCCCAGCUGACCAUCUACGGCUACACGGCCGACACGUCCGGCUACGCGGGCAACAAGGUCACCAUCACGGCCAAGAAGAGCCAGGCCGACGGCCUCAACAACGACGGUAGUGCCACCCUCCGCGUCAAGGCCAAGGACUUCAAGCUGUACAACGUCAACGUCGCCAACACCUACGGCAAGGGUAGCCAGGCUGUUGCCCUGAGUGCGUACUCCGACAGCGGUUUCUACGGAAGCCAGUUCACGGGCUUCCAGGACACGCUUCUCAGCCAGCAGGGAAACCAGCUUUACUCUAAGUGCUUGAUUUCAGGUGCUACCGACUUCAUCUUCGGCCAGAAGGCUAUGGCUUGGUUUGAGAAGUGUGACCUUCGCGUGGUCACCGCUUCUCUCGGAUACAUCACUGGUGAGGAGACCGCGCAAGAUUUACUCGUCGUGCAGCAACAAGCUAACAUGCAUCAUUACAUAGCCAAUGGCCGUGCCAGCUCUUCUGACAAGUCCGAAUACGUCUUCAACAGCUGCACUAUCGCCGCUGCUUCCGGUGCCUCUGUCCCCGACGGAGCCUUCUACCUCGGCCGUCCCUGGGGAGCCUACGCUCAGGUCGUCUUCCAAAAGACAAGCAUGACUGGAGUCAUCAACUCCGCUGGCUGGCGUAUCUGGAACGACGGCGACCCGCGCACCAGCAACGUUCUCUUCGGCGAGUAUUCGAACACGGGAAUCGGCUCUCAAGGCACUCGCGCCAGCUUUUCCAAGAAGCUCAGCUCUGCUGUGGCCAUCAGCAGCAUUCUGGGCUCCAGCCACACCAGUGCCGGAUACUACGAUGCUGCCUACAUGUAA